GUGCUGUUAAGGCAAAGAAAUAGAGCUGGAGUAGGGGUGAGGGGCAACGGUCUUCACGAUGACCCUUACUAGUAGAUGAGUUUUAGGAGCAGAAGGUCAGGUACGUCCGCUCCCUCAUGGGCCGCUUUCUUGCAUGGAAGCCAGCGAGUCAUUCUGCACUGCUGUGGGAAAAGGAAAGCCCCUCCAGUGUGACAUCACAAGAGGGCACCCCUUAUAAGAACACAAGGCCUGUUGAUCUGUGUGUCAUCACAUUUCAACAUGCCAUCCCUAGAUGUUAGACUUGAAGAGUGAAAUGCGUCUGACUGGAAGCCCCUAGACGGUUGAGAGGGAAGCCAUUUCUGCUGAGUCCUCCUUCGUUGGCCCUUCGCUGUUGUGUCUGCUGUUGCAGCUCUUUAAUUUUAAAAUGAACAUAAAUGUGUUUUCAAGAAUAGCUCCAUAAAAUGAAUCUUAAAAGGAUCUUUGCCUGGACUGAUGCUAUAUGGUGGAACGCUGCUCGGGAAUGUCAGGCAGCCAAUUGGGAGCAGCAGAAGCUGAAUAGGAAAAGUUCUGGAAUGUUCUGCAUCAAAGGGAAGGGUGGUUGAAGCUGUUGAAGGACAGAGCAACAUCAGGAAGAACGCGAGGCAGAGAGAAGGAAUGAGUUCCAGAGCCUAUGCCUCCUCUAGAUCCAAUGCCUCCUCCAGAUCCAAUGUCGCCUCCAGAUCCAACGUUGCUUCCAGAUCCAACGUUGCCUCCAGAUCCAACGUCGCCUCCAGAUCCCAUCCGGGCUCCAGAUCAACAUUCGCAGCCAGAAGGGAAACGAGCAGACAGCAGAGAACAUUUUGGUAUCAUUUACAAGAGUUGAUUUCGCCGGACAUUUAUAUAUAUCUUGCAUUAAUGAUGUCCCUGGCACUAUUUUUUGCUGCAGCUGGGAUGACUGCUUUGUAUCAUCACGAAGCAAACAAAACAGCCAUCCUAAAUAGUGCAGCUGAACGUAUUAAGACAUUUACAAUCGCAAAGGAGCCAUCAGUGAAAGGCAAAAACGAUACAGAAAUACUUGCAAAAACUCAGAAGUUAGCCGAUGAGUUGGCUGUAUGGACCUUAAAGACCAUUCAACUGGAAGCUGCAAUUGAUGACAUUUAUACAAGGCUUCGACAAGACUGGACUCUUUAUAACGAGGCCAUCUACUUAUUUGUUGAGAAAGCAAUGUAUUUUUAUGAAGCAAGAGAAUUUUGUCAGGAAAAGAAGUCCCUCUUGGUUUGUAUUGAAAAUGAAGAAGAGGAGGAUUUCCUAGAAAAAAUAGUCAGGAAUAAACAUGAACAUUACUGGAUUGGAUACGUUUUUUAUAACGGUUGGAAAUGGCUCGAUGGUGUAAGUGGUCGAAAAAGUUUCUGGCAGUUUGGCCAACCAAGGGAUGUAGUGAAUCAACCCUGUGUCAUGAUAAAAAGCGAUUGCGUCACACAGAGAAAGUGCUGGGCAGGCAUGGCUUGCUACGUUUCUAUCCGAAGCAUUUGUAAGAAGAAGCCGGAUAAAAAGUGGUACACAUAGAACCUUUCAGUAUCGAUGAAACUGGAUUCAGUGAUCUCGACAGAGAAAUAAGGUCAACGGAUUGAUCCCUCGCUCCCCAUAAUACAGAAGUCACGCUGGAUCAGUCGUCUAGAUAAUGGAACUGUGGCGUGGAAGAGCUGAACAUCUCUGGUGUCAGCCUUCGGAAGAAUCUAUCUCUCUGCUUUAUUGUGAUUGGGAAAAAUAUACUUUAUUUUGCAACUUCAAAGAGUUAAACGUCUGUGAAAAUAAAGUGUACAA